AUGGAGCGAGCAAACAAACGGCAGCGGCGUGCCGAGGACGUGGAAGAACCACGGCCGACAGCUCAUUCAAACCAUCUGGAAUCCCUCAACCGACCUAUAAGUCCACCCAUGAAGAGAAAACAGCCAGGCAUGCGCAUUAAGUCGCCGUUCCAGCUGACGACCAUCCGGGAUCUUCCCGAGGCUGCCAACCGUGACUGUGUUGGCCUCGCAGACAUCCUGGGUGAUCCUAUGAUUGCAGAGUGUUGGGAGUUCAACUUUUUGCACGACAUUCACUUUCUCAUGAGCCAUUUUGAUGAGGACACCAAGAACUUAGUCAAAGUUCACGUCAUUCACGGUUUCUGGAAGAGAGAAGACCCGAAUCGCAUAGCCCUUCAGGAAGAAGCAGAAGCAUAUCCUAAUGUUAAGCUACAUGGGGCUUUCAUGCCGGAGAUGUUUGGCACUCACCACACGAAAAUGAUGGUGUUGAUCCGGCAUGACGACUCGGCCGAAGUGAUCAUACAUACAGCCAACAUGAUCGCCAAGGACUGGACGAAUAUGACCAAUGCUGUUUGGAGAUCACCUGUUCUGCCACUCCUACCGAAAGAGGUGGUCGUUGAGAAUGAGACAGCGGAUAGCUAUCCUUUCGGAACGGGAGAAAGAUUCAAAUACGACCUUCUCAGCUACCUCAGAGCGUACAACACACGGAGACCAAUCCUUAUAGACUUGGUCGAAAAGUUGUGCAAGUAUGACUUCUCGAGUGUGCGUGCAACACUCAUUGCUAGCGUCCCGGGCCGUCACCCCAUCCACGACACUUCACAGACAACCUGGGGAUGGCCAUCCCUCAAGAGAGCACUGCGCAAUGUCCCCGUCCAGGAAGGGAAGUCUGAAAUCGCGGUUCAGAUAUCGUCCAUUGCUACUUUGGGAGCCACUGAUAGUUGGCUUCAUAAAUGCCUCUUCGACUCCCUAGGCGUGUCCAAAAACAACUCCCUUGCGACACCUAGGUCAACGUUUAAAGUCGUCUUUCCUACGGCCGACGAGAUCAUGCAAAGCUUGGACGGCUAUGCUUCAGGAGCAUCAAUCCACACCAAGAUUCAAUCACAGCAACAGGCGAAGCAAUUAGCGUACCUGCGGCCUAUCCUCUGUCACUGGGCAAACGAUGCGCCUAAUGGCAAAGUAUUGAGCGAUGAUUCAGUGUUCAAAAAAGCCGGUAGACAACGGGCAGCACCUCACAUCAAGACAUACAUUCGCUACGGCGAAAAGUCGAUAGAUUGGGCCCUCGUCACAUCUGCAAACAUUUCCAAACAAGCGUGGGGCGAAGCGGUAAGUGCAUCGCAGGAAGUCAGGAUCGCAUCGUGGGAAGCGGGAGUGCUUGUGUGGCCUUUGCUCAUCGCAGACAAAGCAACCAUGGUGGGGACAUUCGAAACAGAUAUGCCACCAAACGAUGCGGGAGACGGCGAACCGGUUAUCGGCCUGCGCAUUCCUUACAACCUACCUCUUCAAUCGUACGGAAAGGACGAGAUCCCUUGGGUGGCAACGAUGGCUCAUGAUGAACCAGACAGGCUGGGUAGAGCUUGGAGUGCUUGGGAGAACUGA